CCCACACCAUGUUUACAGUGUGACAUUUUCUGUCCCUGCAGAAACUCGUUGCCAAAUAAUCUUGCAUACUUGGGCAACGCGGGAUUUUACUGAGCGCUCCGUGCUCAAACACUAGACAUCGAUUGUUUUAGAUCUUUCAACCGCCCUUGAGAGUGCGGCACAUCACAAGCGCUAUCAUCCAAUGCGAGCGGUCAUGCGAUGGAAUCGUAACUUAUCAGACGUCAACAGACAGCUGACACAGAAAGUAAGAUACGAUACGAACGGACCAUCUGGAUACCAUGUACAGUCGCCUAAAACACUAUCUCACAGUCGUUCUUCUCUUCGUUAUUCUGUUCGUCGUCUUCUCAGCAUCAGGAGCUCUCCCCUUUGCAAGUGAUCCGUUAGAAGCCAUUGAUCCUUACACCAAAUAUGGCACGAUCCCAACACUGUUUAUGUAUGUUCUACGAAUCCUUGCCUUGGUGCCGUUACCUAUAACACUAAGCAACUUUAUAGGGAUCCUGGUGGGAAACACUCACCCAGAUCCCCCGAAACUUAUGAUGUCACCCCUCUUUGGGCCCAUCUGUUUCAGAGUGGUGACUCGUGGUACCUACCCAGACCUAGUGAAGAGGAAUGUGCAAAGAAACGUAGAACUGUGUUCCAAAGUAGGUCUUACCAAUUAUAUAAUCGAGGUUGUAACAGACAGACCUAUCUCCCUGGACGAGUCAAUUAAUGUGAGGGAGCUAGUUGUACCAUCAAUGUACAAAACGUCGCGGGGGGCCUUAUACAAAGCACGUGCAUUGCAGUACUCUCUAGAAGAUGACGUGACGGUUUUGAACGACAGUGAUUGGGUGGUUCAUCUGGACGAGGAGACCCUCCUUACAGAAUCUUCUCUGGCAGGAGUGUUGAACUUCAUCCGCUCAGGACAGUACGAGUUUGGACAAGGCGUUAUCACGUAUGCCAGUGACUCUAUUGUAAAUUGGGUGACAACAUUGGCCGAUCUGCUGCGGGUUGGAGCCGACUAUGGCACGUUGAGAUUCACGCUCGGUGUGCUUCAUAAGCCUGUUUUCAGCUGGAAAGGUUCGUUUAUCGUAGCGAACGCCGGCGCUGAGAAAAAGGUUUCAUUUGACUUUGGUCCAGAAGGAAGCAUUGCUGAAGACUGUUUCUUCGCCCUCACGGCGUGGAAGGAAGGGUACAAAUUUGGAUACGUUGAAGGGGAAAUGUGGGAAAAGUCCACGUUUUCUGUCAUGGACUAUAUUCGACAGAGGAAGCGUUGGAUUCAGGGUAUAUCACUCACUUUCCUCAGCAACCAGAUUCCUUUCAGAUACAAACUUGGGAUCAGUGUAAUGAUUCUGUCAUGGGUGGUAAUGCCUGUGACGGCUCUUAACUUUAUUCUUAUCCCCCUCUUCCCCAUUCCAGUGCACCCGUUACUUGAUUUGUUGUUUGCCUUCACUAGUGGCGUUGUUGUGUUUCUCUUCAUCCUCGGGGCGAUCAAGUCCUUCUCCAUUCGUAGACAUGGAGCGCUAAAGUGUAUGGUGUUGUGUGUCUUAACUAUAUUCAUAGCGCCGUUGACUAUGGUUCUGGAGAGCAUAGGCGUGGUGUUAGCAGCUAUAUCAAGGAGAAGCUACGAGUUCCAUUUAGUGAGAAAGGACUUAGAGACCGUUCUGACUAUCCCUGUAUAAUAGCAACGAAUACACUGAUGCUACA